GGUUGCCAGUGCCACCAAAUUUCGGAAAAUAAAUAAUAAUAAUAAAAAGUGAAAAAGAUUAAAGAGUAUAGAAGAGAAGGGAAGAGGUGGGCUGUGUUGAAGGUCGAAAUUGAUUCCACAGGUAUGGGAACUGUGUCGAUAUCCAACAACAACAACAUUAACUAUUUAGCAUACAACCAAAAACUAUGCAGCUUCCCACGCCUCUGAUUCUAGACGCUGCCUCCUUCUAGUCUCUCUUCACUUCUCUCUCUCUCUUCAUCUUCUUCCUUACGCUAGUCAUGCCGACCUUUACUGCUAUAGCAUUGGAUAGGUUGAUAGAGCCAGGAGCUUCCAAACCUGUUCAUAAAUCUGCUCCGGCCUCAAUGCCUGUCCCGAACUCGAAGAAGCUCGAGAGGAGAAGCAGUGAACCAGCUGCAAAAAAGAAGGCCCCUCCUCGUCCUCAAUUAAGGCCAGCACUCUAUGCUACUCCUGAGGUGACGCCGCUUCCGGAUUCACCCUCUUCAUUCCCUCCUUCUCCCUACAUUAUCAAUCACAAACGCCGUGGCCCGCGUCUCCUCAAGAGUUUCUCUGAGGCCAAUGUGCAGGCCAAGCAGGAGGUUCAUGAUGAUGAAAAUGUCAAUGGUAAGAGCGCUGACACUGUGGUUGCCAGUUCAGCUGGUGACCUCCAAGUCACUUUCACGAACCAUGGAACUGUUGAGGAGGUGCAGGUGAAUGGUGUACAUGAUGCCAAACUCAGUGGCAGCAAUAAUGGUGACCUCGGGUAUGGAGACAUGGAAAGUGGAAGUAGUGGCAUUACUAAUGGUUUACACAUGGAGAAGGUAGUGGCAUUGAAUUCAGAAAGAGAUGGCCAGAGUGAAGGCUUUUUUGAUCCACAGGAUUCGAUGAGUGUAACAAGUUACACAGAUGGAGAGGAUAAUACAGGCACAGAACGCACUGUGAAAUUGAGCACUCCUGGCGCAGAGUUUUUUGAUGCUUGGGAAGAACUCUCCUCUGAAGGUGGGACUCAAAACUCUCCACAUGAUGUUGAAGCUGAAUUGCGUGAAAUAAGGUUGAGUCUAUUGAUGGAGAUAGAGAAGAGGAAACAAGUUGAAGAAUCCCUUAACAGCAUGCAAAGCCAAUGGGAGAGAAUUAGACAAGGUUUAUCUCUUGUGGGAAUUGUUUUGCCUGCAAAUCUUACUGCUGUUGCUGAGGAUGGGCAGCUGAGUUCUGAUCCUGUGGAAGAUCUAUGUCAGCAAGCUUACAUUGCUAGGUUCGUAUCGAACACCAUUGGGAGAGGAACUGCCAAGGCUGAGAUGGAGAUAGAGAUGGAGGCUCAAUUAGAGUCAAAGAACUUUGAGAUUGCUCGACUGUUGGAACGUCUCCACUGUUAUGAGACCAUGAAUAGAGAGAUGUCUCAGAGGAACCAGGAGGCUGUAGAGAUGGCACGGCGUGAGAGACAAAGAAGGAGUAGGAGGCAGAGAUGGAUUUGGGGCUCUAUUUCUACCGCCAUUGUACUUGGUACUGCAGCAAUAGCAUGGUCUUAUCUCCCUAUGGGUAAAGGAUCGACAUCUGCCGACCAUGAUGUGGUUCCGGAACAUGAUGAUGCAGCCAACUAAUAUUCCAUGAACACUAACUUCAAUACCUGAGUUAUGGUAGGAGAGGAGAAUAAAAGUUAUACAUGAUACUACGUGGCUAACAUAUCUCUUACUUGAUCAAUUACAAUUUUCCGGCAUCCUGAGUAUGUGCACAAUUUUUGGCCUUUCAAUAUAAUAACUUGUGCCUUUCACCGAAAGUCUAGAUGGUAGAUUAGUGAAAUGGCUCAGUCCGUGUUGGUGAGAUAAUAUAUCCCAUUGUUUCCUAUGGAUUCUUGCGAGCAGGGCAAGUGUGUUUCGCCAUCUGAUACAUUUGGCAGAGCACAUUCAUAAUGAAUUCUUUAUGCUUGCUUUUUUAAGCAUUCUAACACAGCAGAAGAAAUUUUAUACUUGGUGUUGCUGAACCGAAAUAAAGGAAAUCUGGUCAAGCGAUGAUACAUGCAUGACCUAGUAGAAUUCUGGUUUUCUAGUCUGGUGUUUCUGUGAGGUGUUUCAGUUGGUUGUGUUCCCUGGUGAACAAACGUAGAGUAGUAAUUCGUUAACACCAGAAGUAUGACUCUGUUUGUCAAGGAUGGAUGAGGUUUUCUUUCAUUGGCGCUUGAAAUAAACCAUUGCUGAUUGUAAUAUUUCUACUGCCUAUUGGUUUAAUUUUUUUGAUUUUGCAGUUACCCUUGAGGCUGCCUAUACAUCAGUUUGGGA